UGUGGACGUUAGUGUUGAAUGGACAGGUAACCGGUGUACUCGUAAUAUUGGGGAGAUCUUGAUCGUGUGUCGCGUCGAUCAUUCUGAACUGACCGGAUUUUUUUUGGUACAGAGAAAAAAACGACAAACAAGAAAGCAAAGGGAGAAAAAAACAUCCUCUAGCCCUCGGUAGUUCUUCUUAGUGCGUUCUUGUGCUUCUUGGUGCUUUAAUUAUAAUACGCAGUACGACAGUGUGCGUGAGUGAAUACAGUGUCCAGGAAAGGUGAUCUACGGACUCCAGCAAACUUAAUCAAAUUGUGAUUGCCCUUGGUUUCUUUUGCAUGCUCGCAUAGAGAAAGAGAACCAGCAAAUUGAAUAGUUAAGACCUGGGGACUCUGGUGGAUAUUAUUGCUUAAAAAUUGAUGCAUCUUUCAUCGUCCAGGCUUGAUUGGAGUCUGUUUUCAAAUUAAGUGAUCUGCAGUGCGCUCCCGCAGCACUGGCUCAGAAAUCACCCCGGGCUGGAAACCAGCGGUAGUAUCGACUAGCAGCAGUUGCUGAUAAGACGUAGUUGCAAGUGUUUCGAAGGUGCGCGCGCAACGCUCCAAAGCGCAGCAAAAGGAAGAAAAAAAAAUGUCCCACAAGACGAGUUCGGCCUCUAAUGGCAGUGGUGGUGGUGGUAACGUCACCAAAUAUGAAGCCCGUCUCUGUCAGGUCGUGAAACGACCAGACUUCGAUGGAUACGGAUUUAAUCUGCACGCUGAGAAGGGUCGUCCCGGACAGUACAUCGGCAAAGUGGACGACGGGUCCCCGGCGGAGGCUGCCGGACUUCGUCAAGGUGACCGAAUCAUCGAGGUCAACGGAACGAACAUCACCAACGAGACGCACAAGAAGGUGGUAGAGUUGAUAAAGGCAAUCCCAAACGAGACAAAACUGCUGGUGAUUGACCCGCGGGCGGAUGGAAACGAGUUGAAGGCGGCAGCCGCAGCUGCCAAAGCCAAGAACGGAGCAGUGGAUGUGAAUGAUAACAGCAAACAAAUGGAAAAAAUGGCCAACCGAAAAGAUAGCCUGAACGAAAAAUCCACCGCGGAAUCCAAUCAGAAUAAGCAUGACGUCAACGGCAGUAGCGGUGCCAAAGAAGACGCCAAUAACAAGAAAAAUUCCAGCGCAAACAACAACGUCGACACGAGUGCUAAUAAAAUGAUGAUGACAAAUGGCGAUACGAAGAAGCAGCAGCAGCCUGUGGAGAAGAUUAUCGAGGAUACCAAAGCCUUGUCAAUGUCGACGGCGAAGGUUGCGGAAACGAACGGCAAAUCGAUGGCAAGUACGAACGGAAGUAAUGGAACUAGCGACGCCGCCGUCGCCACCCCCACCGUCACCAAGGAUGUUCCCAAGCUGAACCUCAAUAUGACCGCAGCCGAGCUACGUGCCCAGCUGGCGGCCCGGAAGAAGUACGACCCAAAGAACGACGUAUGUGACUUGCGCAAAAAGUACGAAAUUAUUCAAAAAAUGUGAUAAGUUGCUUGCUUUGGUAUGAUAAGCGCGUGCGCACAGACGUUAAAGAUAUAGAACUCAAAGGAUACGACUUCACCUUGUUCGGUUAGUGACUUAAUGAUUAGACUUCCUUUCUCCCACUGAAGCAAGAUUCAGUAUUCAAGUAAUCAUCCCCUAUUAUACUGAAACGUGUAGGUGUGCUGUGAUAGAAACGGCACCAGAAAACCUUUGUACAGAUAUAAGCUAGAAAAUAAUAAAAAAAAAGUCUGCGCACCAGCUCUUAACACUCCUGCUUUUCAACGGAAGCUGUGAUAAAGCAGCGGGACGACGGCUGUCGAACAGUGAAGCAGAAACGAACAGCAUUCUAUUUGUCAUCGACCCUAACUUUCACGGUCGCCAUUUAGAUGGAGUAAAAGUUGAGUGGCUGUUUCAAUCAAUCAAACGUCAUGCUAUGUAAGCAUUCAUAAAUCCUAUCCAUAUCUCGAAAAAUUAUAUCUACGCAAACGGGUGUGUAUGUGCUUGUUGUUCAGUCGAAAGAAAAAGUGUUCUAAAAUCGUACAUCGCAACUGCGAAACCAACUGAUAAGACGUGUCGCGACCGCGGCCAAGAUGAAAGUUCACAAUUGUAAAGUGCGGGUGGAACGUAAACAUACAUAACAUGCCAAACACAUUUUCGGUGUCGCAAAACAAACAACUGAAAAACAUAACGGCAGCAGCAAAUUAAUUGGCAUUUGCGUCGCGAUCAGAAUCGAUCGAUGAUUUUUCUUGCGGGUCGGCGUAGAAUUGCACAUGCAUGCGGCUUUCAGCGCUCGACAUCAUAAUAAUAUUCCAUCCAGCCUUACUGUCAACAACUGUGCACACCCGAUCCGGUACGGAUGAUGGCUUGUUCCAAUUAGGGAAGUGUUGAUAAUUGUGUGUGAUGUGUUGCUCGAAGCGGAUGCGAAACGAUCGCGGUUUGUAGGAUGAUUAAUACUUAGUAGAAGAAAAAAACUGCAAAACAAUUUGCACCAUUACGGUCGCAGCAAGAAGUGAUGGGAUGUGAAGCGAAACCAUGCGCGCAAGAAAGAUAGAAGACUACAAUGUGCCAAAAUUUACAGAAAAACAUGAAAUCAUAUCACAUUCGGGGGGGGAUUGUUGUUUUAAAUAAAGGAGAGAAGAAAAAAACGGAAAUUAUGGUGAAAUUUGCUGAAAGUUACGUAAAAUGAAUGCAACACUGAUAUGUAUUACACAUGAUUAAUAAAAUAUUAUAUUUAUAGUGUACACGAAA